UACUAGCUCCCACUUGAACUGAAAAUCACAUUCCAGUUCCAUCGAAGUCGAAAUUCCGGCAUUUCCCCACCAGUGACUUCUUUUGAAACCCCAAUUUUUCUUCGAGAAUAAUGUUAUCUUCUCUUCGCCGUUCAGUGUUUCAGACAACAAGAGGUAGUAGUAAUUCAACAACUGUUUCUCUUAUUAGGUUAAGGAGAUCUAUUUUUAUUCACGACAUCCAUUCUUCAUCUUCUUCUUCGUUUGUAGUGAAUUACUUAAUCAAUUCAUGUGGAUUAUCUGAGGUUGAAGCUAUUACUGCUUCUAAAACUGUCAAUUUCAAAACCUCAUCAAACCCAGAUUCAGUUUUAGACCUACUUGAAAACUACGGAUUCACUAAACCUUACAUUUCCAAACUCAUUACUUGGUAUCCAAAAAUUCUUAAAUCGAAUAUUCAGAAAACCCUAAAACCCAAAUUCGAUUUUUUCAAAUCUAAAGGACUUUCUGGAACUGACCUUGCCGAGUUCUUCCUCUCUUGCCACCCAAUAGUCCUUAAGACGAGCUUACAAGACAAAAUUAUUCCUUGUUGUGAUACCCUGAAAAACAUUGUUCAGUUUGACAAGAAUGUGGUUGUAAUUAUCAGACGCCAUUCAUGGCUUCUUACCGGAAACGUAUAUCUAAGGAAAUUGAUGGUCAACAUUGAGCUUUUGAAAGAUGAAGGCAUCCCUCAAUCGAAUGUUUCAAACUUUCUUAUCAACCAACCAAGUGCACUUACAAUCAGCUCCAGUAAAUUUGAGGGGAUUGUGCAACAGAUUAAGGGUAUGGGUUUUGAUCCUUCAAAAACUACAUUUCUUCGUGGUCUCCAGGGAUUGAUAGCCAUGACCGAUGCGACCUGAGAAACAAAAGUGAAUACUUACAGGAAAUGGGGUUGGACAGAAGAAGACAUUCAAAAUGCAUUUUGGAAGCGUCCUCAGUGCAUGAUGCAAUCUAAGAAGAAGAUAAUGUCAACAAUGGAUUUCGUCGUGAAUCAAAUCGGUUAUGAUCCAUCAUCUAUAACCAAAUGGCCAGACAUUUUUACUUAUAGCUUGGAGAAGAGGAUUAUACCCAGGUGUUCUGUUUAUAAAAUUUUAACCUCCAAAGGUCUAGUUAAGAAUCAGAUUUCCCUAUCUUCACUUGUGCAAAUCGGCAAUGAGUCCUUUUUGGACAAGUUUGUGAUCAAGUUUGUGGUAGAAGCUCCGGAACUAUUGAUGCUAUACCCAAGUGCAGUUAAACCUAGAGCUACCUAGGAGUACUUCUGGGGGAUGUUGAGAGAUAUAUGGGGUGUAGCUUAUCUCAAUCAAGGAGUAUGUUGUAGGAGUUCCAGAAAGUUGGAAAAAUUGGAACAAAGUGGAUCAGAACAAAUAACUUGUCCAGUGUCAGGAGUGUGUCUGACAGAAUCAGCUAUGCUCAAGUGUUUAAAUCCUAGAGGAAUAUUAAAUUUAGGUCCUGUGAACCACUAUUUCUCAAUUUCUUUGCUUGAUCAGUUACUGGAACCAAUUGCUAGAAGUAGUGAGUGCGAAGAUGGCGGCACCACCAGCACACCAUAAGCACUGUGGAUACACUACCUGCUAUCUAAUGUCAACCAAUGAGCCGGGAUACAAGAAAUAAAAAAUGUAAGAAAAAAAAGACAGGCUCUCUUUGCAGGAAGGUCUGAAAGCCAAGAAAUUGCUUUCCCCAAUAGCAGUAGGGAAUGUAGGAUAUGGAUGCGAUGAAGGGAAACUUGAAACUGGAGUAAAUUUGUGUACAGUUUUAAGUUUUUAAGAAAUGAGGCAAGCUGAGGGAUCAUAUUCAUAUCAUAUUUCAGUUUUUGUGUCUCAUGCAAACUGGAGUAAAUAUUAAUAUCAUAUUUUAGUUUUAGCGCACUCAUUAUGAUUCUUUGGUGUGACAUAAUAUUUUUGUUUUCAUGAGAUCAGGACUAUCCUGAUACUUCAAAGCUUUGUGGUCACGUCCUUGUUUAAAUAGUUCAUAUGAGGAUCAUAUAUGAUAUGGUAAUAAGUUACACUAGUUUUGGGCUAUGAAGAAGAGUAUUUCUAUCUUAAUGAAUCUGACCUUCGUGAGAUCAUACAUUUCUGUUCAGUGUGGUUUACUCAUGGGGAAGAUUUUGUUAUUUUGUUUUAAUCAUGAAUCUGGCCUUUGUUAUAUCAUACAUUUCUAUUCACUCCGAACUUCGUGAA